AUCAAAUUAAAGUAAAGAUAGAAAAGUGACAUUUAAUAUAGAUCCAUAAAUAAUGAAUGAAUGUAUGAAAUGAAGGAAAGAAAUGAAUGAAGACGCAAACGCAAAACGCAGCAUAGAAAGAGAGAGAAGAAGAAGUUUGAAUUUGACGUUGACGAAUUGACUUACCAUGGCGCCGGCGAUUAAGAUCGUUUUCGGACUUCUCACUUUCGUCACUAUCGGAAUGAUUAUCGGUGCUCUCUCUCAAUUGGCAUUCAUACGAAAAUUGGAAGACUCAUAUGGUACAGAGUCUCAACCAUUUAGAAGAUUACGUGGAUUAGAGAGAAAAGAUUACCUUAAGUUGCCUGGAGGCAUUCCAAAUUGGAAUAAUGACAAGGAAGCAGAAAUAUUACGCCUUGGAUAUAUUAAACCUGAGGUGCUUAGCUGGUCUCCACGAAUUAUCUUACUGCAUAACUUCCUGAGCUCGGAGGAAUGUGAUUAUCUUAGGGCAGUCGCCCUCCCUCGUCUGAAAGUUUCAACAGUGGUGGAUGUAAAGACUGGAAAGGGAGUCCAGAGUGAUGUCAGAACAAGCUCUGGUAUGUUUUUGAAUGGUGAAGAGAGAAAAUAUCCUAUGAUACAAGCAAUUGAAAAAAGAAUUUCUGUCUAUUCUCAAGUACCAGUUGAAAAUGGAGAGCUUAUGCAAGUCCUAAGGUAUGAGAAGAAUCAGUUUUACAGGCCCCAUCAUGACUAUUUUGCUGAUACCUUCAACUUGAAGCGUGGUGGGCAGCGAAUAGCUACAAUGCUUAUGUAUUUAGGUGACAAUGUUGAGGGAGGAGAAACACAUUUCCCAAUGGCUGGUUCAGGCGAAUGUAGCUGCGGUGGAAAAUUGUCGAAAGGGACAUGUGUGAAACCAAUUAAAGGAAACGCAGUGCUUUUCUGGAGUAUGGGACUGGAUGGAAAGUCAGAUUCGAAUAGUGUUCAUGGAGGAUGUCCGGUACUCUCUGGGGAGAAGUGGUCAGCUACAAAGUGGAUGAGGCAAUCAGGUCACCAUUGAAUUAACUACCUAUCACCAAGGGAUUUCCCCCUUCAUAUUUUCCAUUAAAAGUAGUUAUUAUUGAUAGUAUGAAUAUUAAAUAGUCUACAGAAUAAUAUGAUAUAGUUAGAUACACAAUGGAUAUCUCAUUAGGUGUCUAUGUUAAAGAUACUAGUAUAUAUACAGUUUCUGAUAAAUCUUUACUCUGAGGUCUAUGGACAUUUUCUUGGGAUUUUCA